UCUCUCCUCCUGGUCCUCCCCCUUGUUAAGUUUCAUAACCCGUCAACCCCAUUUCUCACGCAUUCUUAUCUACAGUCAACAACAUUCCAAAAAAAGAAACGAAAAAGCAAUCAAAACCACCAAACCCACCUUUUUAAAAUCCCUAAACCACCAUUUCGAAAUAACCAAUCAACAUUACCCUUUUUCCUCCAAUCCCUCCAUCUCCAAAAGAAAACCCAUUUUUCAAACUCUUUUAAUUUCUCCUUUUCUGGAUUUUUUCCGGGUUAUUAUCGCAUCAACCAAACGGGGUCUUGUUUCACGUUUACCCAUUUUGCAAAUGAAGGGUGUCCGCUAACGUGAGCCGGGGUGGCCGAAGGUAUCGGAAUACCGAGAGGGGGUGGUGGUAUCGUGGGCGUACACGUGGAGGGAGGUUUGAGGAUGGUGGUAGUGGCGCGUGGGAGGCGGAGGUGGGGCACUUGGGAGGAGCUGAUCCUGGGCGGCGCCGUCCUCCGCCACGGGACCCAGUCGUGGGGCGCCGUUGCUUCGGAGCUCCGAGCCCGGACUCUCUUUCCCUACAGUUUCACACCCGAGGCAUGCAAAGCCAAGUACGAGGACUUGAAACAACGUUAUUCUGGCUGCAAAGCUUGGUUUGAAGAGCUACGAAAGAAAAGAGUAGCAGAAUUGAGGCAGGAAUUGGAGAAAUCCGAUGACUCAAUUGGGUCUCUCGAGUGCAAACUUGAAAGUCUCAAGGCUGAGAAAGAAAACUGCUGCCAUUUAGGAUAUGGCUCCAGCCGGACUGCAUCUCCUGUACCCAUAUUGACAUCAGAGAGAGUUGAAUCUUCUGGUAAAGAAACAUCCAAGGACGGACUAUCUGCUGGAAGUUUCUGCCAGAUUCCAGAAUCAGUUGCAGAGAUGAGUAGACAUCCAGAUUCUGAUUCUUCAGAGCAGGAGAAAAUUUCAGCAAUUAAGAAAUCAGUUGAUGAAAUUUCUGAGUCUUCAAAGCAGGAGAAACUUCCGGGCAAUGAGAAUUUCGCAGAGACUAGCAAUGAACAAGGAGUCACUCUUCUGCAGAAGAGAAGGGGGAAGAGAAAGAGGAAGGACUAUUAUAACAGGGAGCCCAGAGAGCUGAGCGUUGGAGAAAGUGAGAAUUUGGGUUCAACCAAUGUGGAAAAUUCAACCAGUGAGUGUGGUCCAAUGGUCAGAUCAUCCAGUAUGAACGAUUACGAAAUAGGAUCGUGUGGGGUUGGAAAUGGGGAUUUGAGGGAUAUUUUUACCUCAGUUGCGGAGAACAAGUAUGCCUUGGUCUUUCGACGUCGGCUUGAUAGUCAGAAGAGAGCAAGAUACAAGAAAACCGUCCGGUGGCACAUGGAUUUUGAUACCAUAAGAGCAAGGAUUUCCAGCUGCUCCAUCACAUCAGUUAAGGAACUCUUCCGUGAUCUGCUCUUGCUCGCCAACAAUGCCCUAGUCUUUUACUCCAAAAGAACACGCGAAUACAAGACUGCGCUUUUGCUCAGAGACAUUGUGACCAAAGCAUAUCGACAGCAUUGCAUGGAAUCCAGCACCAGGUCUGCCUCCCCCCUUUUCCCUCUCUCUCCAAUGUGUAAUCCCCCUGUAAAGCCUCGUAGUGUUCGCCUUUGUAACCGAAAAUUGCCGGCUAAACUGCCAAAUGCUGAAAGUGUCUUUGAUGGGAUUCCUCAAGCACAGGAAAACCCUAGGAAUGUUGAGAAUAUGUCGUUUGGAACUCGGGAAAGACAUGGAAAUCCAAGUAAUGCUGAAAAUUCAGAAGUUCGUAGAAUGCAAAGUAAUUCUGAACCUGGACCCUCCCCAGAAUCGAUGUUUGGCAAGAAAAGCUGCAUUCGGGCGAGAAAGGUGGGAUGUGGAUCAUCUAGAGGAAGACCUAAAGGUCCAAUCGAGGAUAGGAAAAGGGCUCGACGAAGAUGAGAAAUGUUGUAGUUUAGUUUGCCUUUAGUUUUGUUACUCAGGAUUUAGCAUUAGGUUUUGUGCAUCCGUGAAUUGGGUUUCUUGUGCUAAAUGUUGUAAGUGUAGAUUGCUAAAUAGUUUUAAAAAGAAAUGAGGGAAAGAAACAGAGUUGUGAAGAUGUUGAAUUAUGACAAUGCAAGUGUUUUUGUAACGACAUCCGUGAACGACUAUGCAACUGAAAGGAGAUUGUUGUCAGACUCAUGAGGUUAAGCGCGAAAUAUGCAAACAUUGUUCCUAUGUUGUUGCUGC